AUGAUAUACCUUCAAGCACAGCUGAAACGCGAUAAGGAGAGAAGUACUGCAUUCGUUGCUAUUGGGAAAAUUGCAAGCGCAGUAGGCCAUGCCAUCGGGCAGUUCCUCGAUGGAAUUAUCAUAUAUAUCCGUGAAGGUCUGGCGUUGAAAGCACGGAAUCGCGCCGCUGUUAAUGAAGGCCCGAUGUUUGAGUGUAUCAGCAUGCUAUCCCUCGCUGUUGGCCAAACACUCAGCAAAUACAUGGAAUCCCUACUCGAUCCGAUCUUUGCUUGUGGCCUAAGCAAAUCACUUACGCAGGCGCUUGUCGAUAUGGCACACUACAUCCCACCCAUCAGAGCCACUAUUCAAGAAAAGCUACUGGACAUGCUUAGUAUCGUUCUAUGCGGAACGCCGUUCAGGCCUCUAGGGUGCCCGGAGAGCCGGUUACCCCCUAUACCCUCGUUUGCGAAGGACUUCAGCUCUUUGCCCCAAGACCGGAGCGACAGCCAUGUUUUGAACGAAUUUGUUCGAGAUGUUGCCAUCAAAUUUGUUGAAAACGACAGCCCCGAAAUCAGAAAGGCGUCUGCUUUGACGUGCUGCCAGCUUUUCGUACAUGAUCCGAUCAUUAACCAGACAAGCGCCCACUCAAUCCAGGUUGUUAGUGAGGUUAUCGAUAAACUAUUGUCCGUUGGAGUGGGCGACCCUGACCCUGGUAUCCGACGCAAUGUGCUGUUCUCCCUCGAUAAGAAAUUUGACCGCCACUUAGCCAAGCCAGAAAAUGUCCGAUGUUUGUUUCUGGCCGUUAACGAUGAGAUGUUUCCGGUACGGGAAGCAGCAAUCAGCAUCAUCGGCCGCCUCUCGAGCGUCAAUCCCGCCUAUGUAUUUCCGCCUCUAAGGAAGUUACUCGUCAACCUGCUGACUGGCCUCAGCUUCGUUACCACCUCCCGACAAAAGGAGGAGAGCGCUCAAUUAAUAUGUCUCUUCGUAUCGAACGCCACAAAACUUAUCCGCUCUUAUGUUGACCCAAUAGUAACAACACUAUUACCUAAGAUGUCAGAUGGAAAUGCUGCGGUAGAAGCGACUUCGCUCAAAGCCAUUGGAGAGCUAGCAACCAUAGGUGGCGAGGAUAUGAAACAAUAUCUUCCCCAACUCAUGCCUAUUAUCCUGGAUUCCCUACAGGAUCUCUCCUCCCAGGCUAAGAGAGAGGCAGCUUUGAAAACUCUCGGUCAGCUAGCGAGUAAUGCAGGAUACGUCAUCGAGCCCUACAAAGAAUAUCCACAGCUACUCUCAAUUCUUAUCAACAUAAUUAAGACAGAGCAAACUGGAGGUCUACGAAAAGAGACGAUUAAGCUUAUUGGAAUACUGGGUGCUCUUGACCCAUAUAAGGAUCGGCAAAUCUGCGAAACUUCUCCUGAUGUUCAUCAUAUCAACGAAGUUCAAGCGGUUUCCGACGUCUCCCUUAUCAUGCAAGGCCUCACCCCCUCCAACGAAGAGUACUAUCCCACCGUUGUCAUUAACACCCUUCUCCAAAACAUCUUGCGAGAAAGCUCUCUCGCUCAAUACCAUUCCGCUGUUAUCGACGCAAUUGUUACGAUGUUCAAAACUCUCGGCCUUAAGUGUGUUACAUUCUUGGGGCAAAUAAUACCCGCGUUCAUAUCCGUUAUCAGGAGCACCCAUGUCAGCCGGCUUGAAAUAUACUUUAACCAGUUGGCUAUCUUGGUAACGAUCGUUAAGCAGCACAUCCGUGCAUUCCUCCCAGAAAUAAUUAAAGUUAUUCGCGACUAUUGGGGGUCUCCAUAUCCCGUGCAAUGUACGAUAUUAUCCCUGGUGGAGGCCGUUGCCAAAUCAUUGGAGGGUGAAUUUAAAAAAUACCUGGCUGCACUUGUGCCCUUGAUGCUGGACACUGUCGAAAAAGAUAACUCCGUCAGACGACAGCCUUCCGAGAGAAUUCUUAACACAUUCCUAAUUUUCGGCUCGGGUGCCGAGGAAUACAUGCAUCGCAUUGUUCCAGCUAUUGUCAAGAUAUUCGACAAAACCCAAAAUCCGCCAAAUAUCCGAAAAUGCGCCAUUGAAACACUGGCAAAGCUCUCGAGGCAGGUCAACGUAUCGGACUUCUCGUCACCUACGAUACAUCCGUUGUCCAGGGUUAUAAAUAAUGCUGAACGACCGCUCAGACAAACUGCAUUAGAUUGCAUUUGUACGCUCAUUUUCCAACUUGGCCAGGAUUUCAAUAAUUAUGUUCCCCUUAUCAACAAGGUCCUUAAAUUCAACCAGAUUCACCACCACAAUUACCACAUUCUUGUUUCAAAAGUACAGAAAGGAGAUCCGUUGCCACAGGACCUCAACCCCAAUGAAUACCACAGCAACCUUGUGGAAGACUCAGCAUUCGCGGACGUAUGUCAGAAGAAGAUAUUCGUUAACCAGCAACAUCUUAAAAAUGCAUGGGACGCUACACAAAAGCCUACUAGUGAGGACUGGCAGGAAUGGAUUCGACGUUUCAGCGUUGAACUACUCAAAGAAUCUCCAUCUCAUGCUCUCCGUGCCUGUGCAAGUUUAGCCGGUAUUUACCAGCCGCUUGCUAAAGAUCUCUUUAACGCCGCUUUUGUUUCCUGCUGGACCGAGUUGUACCAUCAAUACCAGGAGGAGCUGGAGUUGGAAUUUGAGCAAGAUCAGAAUUCUGGUGCCGUGGAGGCGUUGAUCAGUAUCAAUAACCAUCUUCAACAAUCUGAUGCUGCAAUUGGUAUUCUCCGUAAAGCCCAAGCGUAUCGAGAUGUGGAGUUAAAGGAGACUUGGUUUGUGAAGCUUCAGCGAUGGGAAGAAGCAUUGGCUGCAUAUAAGAGGCGAGAGUUGAUAGAUCCCGACUCUUUUGAGGUUACCAUGGGUAAAAUGCGAUGUCUUCAUGCGCUUGGAGAAUGGAAAAUGCUUUCAGAUUUUGCACAGGAGAAAUGGAAUCAAGCUUCAAACGAGCACCGCAAGGCAAUUGCGCCACUUGCUGCAGCCGCCGCAUGGGGAAGAGGCCAAUGGGAGCUUAUGGAUUCAUACAUCGGAGUUAUGAAAGAUCAAUCACCAAAUCGUUCGUUCUUCGGUGCAAUUCUCUUUCUCCACCGCAACCAAUUUGAGGAGGCCUCUGCUCUCAUCGAAAAGGCCCGAAAUGGCUUGGACACCGAACUCUCUGCUUUGUUAGGCGAAUCAUACAACAGAGCUUAUAAUGUUGUUGUCCGUGUUCAGAUGCUUGCUGAGUUGGAGGAGAUAAUAACGUACAAGCGCAGCGUGGACGAUCCUGAGAAGCAAGAGGCAAUGAGGAUAACAUGGAAUAAGCGACUGCUGGGAUGUCAACAAAAUGUUGAGGUGUGGCAGCGCAUGCUCAAAGUCAGGGCCCUCGUAAUCACUCCGCGUGAGAAUCUCGAUAUUCGGAUCAAAUUCGUCAACCUUUGCCGUAAAUCAAACCGAAUGGGCCUUGCAGAGCGGUCUUUCAGCGCCCUUGAAUCGGUAGAGACGUCGGAAGGUGGUAUUCCGCCUGAAGUGACAUAUGCCCGCCUCAAGUUUGACUGGGCAUCAGGGCGGCAGGCUGAAACCCUCCAAGCACUAGAAGAAUUUACUAUCUCUCUCACGGAAUCAUACGGACGAUACAACUCAAUUCUCUCAACCCACGAUGAGCACAACCCAGCCGAAGGGCCGUCACUAACCAACGGCAUCGCUGACUCUAACCAUACAGAUGUCGGAUUUACGAAGCAACACCUAGGAGAUGCCAAUAAGUUCCGACGACUUCUUGCGAAGAGUCAUCUCAAGCAAGGUGAAUGGCAGACCGUUCUACAGCGCGGUGAUUGGAGAUCCGACGGUGUCCGCGAUGUCCUGAACUCGUACUCUGCAGCCACCCAGUACAACCGUGAUUCAUACAAGGCCUGGCACGCAUGGCCUCUGGCUAAUUUCGAAGUUGUUAACUCCUUAACAUCACAACCAGACAGGGACGCUCCCCAACACAUCAUUCUUGAGCAUGUUAUGCCCGCAAUACGCGGAUUCUUCCGGUCAAUUGCACUCCUAUCUUCAAGUACAUUGCAAGAUGCGCUCAGAUUACUCACACUUUGGUUUACCCAUGGCGGCGACGGAGAAGUCAAUGCUGUCGUUGUUGAAGGCUUUUCUACCGUGAGCAUUGACACUUGGCUCGAAGUCACUCCCCAGCUCAUCGCCCGCAUCAACCAACCCAAUCUCCGCGUUCGUGCUGCUGUGCAUCGUUUAUUGGCUGAGCUGGGCAAAGCGCAUCCGCAAGCGCUAGUUUACCCCUUGACUGUCGCAACGAUGUCCAAUGUCGUCCGCCGUUCCCAGUCCGCAAUGAGCAUUAUGGACAGUAUGAGAGCGCAUAGCUCACGGCUAGUUGAACAGGCUAAAGUCGUCAGUGGUGAACUGGUGCGUGUUGCGAUAUUAUGGCACGAGCUGUGGUAUGACGCCUUAGAAGAAGCGUCCAGACUCUUCUUCACAGACCAUGACGUCGAGGGUAUGUUGUUGACGUUGGCCCCGCUUCAUGAUAUGCUAGAUAAGGGUGCAGAAACCCUGCGAGAGGUAUCCUUUGCUCAAGCCUUCGGCCGGGACCUAGCUGAGGCAAAACACUUCUGCAACUUAUACCGCGAAACCGGAGAGAAGGGAGAUCUCAAUCAAGCGUGGGAUCUAUACUAUAAUGUAUUCCGCAAAAUCUCCCGACAAGUGACACAGAUAAAAUCCCUUGAUCUGAAAUACAUUUCUCCCAAACUCAAGGACGCCGUUGACCUCGAUCUUGCUAUUCCCGGCACAUAUUAA